CGGGGAGCGGUUCCGGGGGCGCGCGCGGCCAUGGAGCGGCUCGGGCGCGAGUACGCGCGGCUGUGCGCGGCGGCGGGCGCGACCCCGCAGGAGGCCGUGCUGCGGGGCCUGCGGGAGCCCGGCGGGCCGCGGGGCCGCCUGGACCUGGCGGCGCAGAGCCUCUCGCUGCCCACGUGCAGCGCGCUGGGCCGGCUGCUGCGCGGAGCUGCGCCCUUCGCCGCGCUGGCGCUCGGCGACUGCGGCUUGAGCGAGGAAGGUGUAAGACUUUUGUUGAAUGGUCUUUGCACCAACACCACAGUCAAAGCUUUGGAUCUGAAGGGAAAUAACCUGCGAACCAUGGGAGCUGAGGCUUUGGGAAAACUUCUUAAGCAGAACAAAUCCAUUAGGAGCCUGACCUUAGAAUGGAACAACCUCGGCAUGUGGGAAGAGGGCUUCUCCUUUUUCUGCCAAGGACUGAGAGCAAACAACUUUCUUCAGCGUCUGGAUCUGCGCAAUAACCAGAUUAACCAUCAAGGGGCUGGAGAGCUGGCCAUGGCACUGACACAAAACACCAGCCUUCAGGAGCUGGAUUUGCGAUGGAAUAACAUUGGGCUUCUGGGUGGCCGAGCUUUGCUGAACUGCUUGCAUAGCAACAGGACCCUGAAGAGGCUGGAGCUGGCAGGGAACAAUGUUCCUGGUGACAUCCUGAAAGCUGUGGAACACGCCUUGGAUCACAACCAAGACCGUGAGGCUAUCCUGAGUGAGGCCCAGAACCAAGUGAGCAUCCUCAGCAAGGAGGUUUUGAGUCUGAAGGAUGAGAAGAACAAGCAGUUCAUGGAUUUUGUGGAUACUGUAGACAAGCAGAAAGAAGAAAGAGCCAGGAGUGAGAAAUUGUCUGCAGUACGAGUCAGCCAGCUGCAGGAAGCAUUGGAUGAGCAGUAUUCCAUUAUGAAUUCACUGAAAACCAAGCUGCAGAUGACUGAAGCUGCCCUGGCUCUGUCUGAGCAGAAGGUGCACACGUUGGGAGAACUGCUGAAUGCCAUGAAACAGGAACAAAACUCCGUGGCUGAGUGCCACCUCAGGGAGCUCCAGCAACAAAAGCAGGAAGGUGCUGAUCGGGAAGGCAGGCUUUUGCAUGACUUGUCUGCUGCCAGUGAGAAAAAUCUGCUGCUGAGAAAUCAGGUGGAUGAGUUGGAGAGGAAGUGCAAAGUUCAGCAGGAUCAGCUGUUCCAGGUGAAACAAGACUUGACCAACACAACAGCAGAGCUGAAGCUGCGGGCUGUGGAGGCUGAGGAACGUCUGGAAAUGGAGAAAAGAAGAUUUAAACAAAGCCUUGAAGACAUGGAAUCCCUUCGGGUAAAAGAGGUGGAUCGAAUGGCACAGCAGAUGGAGGCCAGUGAGCGCUCCAUGCACGACAGGAUCCAGAGGCUGGAGGCCAUCAGGAUAUCUCUGGAUGAGGAGCUGAGCCAAGUCAAAGCAGCUGCACUGGCUGAGCGAGGCCGGGCAGGGGAGGAGUUAGUGAAAGUCAGGAGUCAGGCACGCCUGGAGGAGCAGCAACGGCUGGAACACCUAGAAGAGAAGCUGCGGUUGAUGACUGAGUCAAGGGAUGAAGCUCAGAACUGCUGCCUUAAGCAAAAGGAAAUGGUUGCUGAGGCCCAGGCCAAAGCCAAACAGUUGAGCCUGUGUGCUGAUGGACUCAGGAGGAGGCUGGAUGAACUUCAGCAGGACCUGGACAGGAAGGAAGAGGAGAAAGUGACAGAGCUAAAUAAGCUGAAAGUGGAAUUACAGGAGCAGAUUGGGCACCUGGAGGCUGAACGCACAGCCCAGGAUGGGCUGAGAGAGAAGAUUGCAGCUCUGGAAAGACAGCUGAAAGCCCUAUCCAGUAAUCACCGUGAAGCACUGCUGGAUAAGGAAGGUGAGAUCUCUCUGCUGCUGGAGAAACUGAGAAUGAAGGAGGCUGAGAUCUCCAGGAUGAGGGAAGAGGAGGCCCAGCGAGCCAGUUUCUUGCAGAAUGCCAUCAUGGCAUAUGUGCAGGGAUCUCCCUUGGGAAGUUCUAGGAAGUGAGAGGUUGGCUUCCUGCUGUCAGGGAAAGGGUGAGCUCAGGUGCAACUCCUUCUUUCUAAAUGAACAGUUUUAUCAGAGUGGGGUGACACAAAGGCUCACAAAUAGACAAAUGCUCUUUCUGUUCAGAAAUCUUCCUCCUGACAAUGUAGAGGAGUGGAGGAAACAACCGUCAAGGCCCGUGGGUCUGAGUCCAUGAUGUCGAGCCCCCUCCCGUGCUGUGCCACAGCCUGUUGGUACAGGGGGUUACUGGGGGGUUUGUAUGUUCCCUGGCAAGGUCCUGCUGCAGCAUUUGUUUGGGUGCCAAGGCUCUUCACAGAGAGUUUUGAGAAAAAGCAACAAGAGUGUUUACAGUUCCCUGUGGGCUGGAGCAAUUUGCCUUGCCAAUGGGAUCCUGAAACUGCUGGAAACACCAGAUAUUACCCACUUGUGCUUUUUCACCCAGUGUUUACGGACAGGAGCAGAGUCUGAAGGGGCUCUCUCUGGCUUGUUUACCCUCCCUCUGUGGCUCUGGCUAUAUUGGUGGGCCAUAGAAACACAUUUGGCAUAGACAGAAACAGCUGCACUGAGGGGCUUCAAUGCAGUGCUGUCCGUGCCCUUGUGGGACAGCUGGGCUUGGGCAGUGGUUCUACUUCUGCAACAGUGAGUAGCAGGGAAAGGGUGAGUGGGUGACUGGCUGUCAGCAUCUGUGCUUCUUCACUGUGGACUGCAGCCCUUAGCUGAAGAUGUUGUGGCAAGUAUUGCUACAGGAUUUAGUUUCACUAUGGCAAAUGGCAGAGCUGUUCUCCUGGCUUCUAAGGCUCCUAGAACUGAGUGCUGUGGCCUUAAUCUGGAGAGGAGUGAUGCUUCUGCUGUGACACUGGGGAAUUGCUUCUCAAAGCACAAAGGGGAGAAGGUGGUUCCUCUCCUGACAGCGCAAGUCCCUGCAUGACCUGGAGAAAGGGAAGGGUUACUAGAGCCUGAAUUGGAGAAAGCAGAAGCUAUUGUCGGGCCAGCAGUAUUGAGCCUUGAGGGAGUUCUUCCUAUGAGUCUGGGGUGGGAACAUGUCUUAGAGUACAUAUUUUAAGAGACACCUGGAAAAUGAAAGUUUCUGUGUGGACUGGUUGCUUUGUGUUAAUUUUUUAUACUUGGUUUUGCUCUGCUUAAUAAAGAACUUUUGCAUUUUGCCAUUAGCACUGGA